AUGAGUUUUUUCACCAAGAGACCAAGAGCCACUGAAGAUCAUGCUUCAACGUCCGAUGAUCCUGUUCGUUUACAGCCGACGCCGAGUACGUCGCAGUUAACAGCUGAUGUUCCCAUCCCUACAACUAGGCCUACUUCUAGUGGUGAUGAGCAGGUUCCCUUGACGGCUGCUGGUGAUGAGCAGGUUCCAGUGACGACUCCAACUGCUGGUGAGCAGGUUCCCUUGACGACUGCUGAUGAUGAGCGGGUUCCAAUGACGACUCCAACUGCUGGUGAGCAGGUUCCCUUGACGACUGCUGAUGAUGAGCAGGUUCCAGUGACGACUGCUGCUCAGCAGGUUGGUGAUAAGCAGAUUCCGGAUAAUGAUGUAGGAAAGUUUCAGAGGUCAGAACUAUGUAACGAUGACAAACUAAAGUUAAUGAAAAAUCAUUUCCGACCUGGUAACAAGUUCGACUUCCCCGUGAGGCAACAUAAGUGUAAAACCUUGAAGUUCAAAUUAUGUUGGCUUGAUGAUUUUCCAUGGCUUGUUUAUUCCAAAGUCAAGAAUGGUGGAUACUGUCUACCAUGUGUACUCUUUGCAACCAAGCCAGAGGGUAGAGGCUGUGAGUUUGGUGUUCUCAUCAAAAAGUCAUUUAUUGAUUUCCGCAAGGCUCUCGGCAAAAAGGACGGAAUUUUGCCCAAUCACGAAACCAACGCUUUCCACAAACUGGCAGUUGCAGCUUUUGCUGAAAGGAAGCACGUUGAAGAGAACCCUGCCGUUCGAAUUGAUAUCCAACUAGAAAAACUUAAACAAAAUAGGUAUAGCAGUAAUAAAGCCGCACUUGGUAGUAUUAUAGAAUGCAUUAUAUACUUGGGACGCCAAGGGUUAGCCUUUCGUGGUCACCGUGAUACUUCCACCGCUGAUCCCGAUACCAACAAGGGGAACCUUCAAGAACUUGUCCAAUUUCGUGCCAAAACAGAUGAUAUCCUAAGAAGUUUCAUUAAGUCCUGCCCGAAAAAUGCCACAUAUGUUUCUAAUACGACUCAGAACGAGGUGUUGGAGAUAUUGGGUGAUGUCAUUCGGGAAUCGCUCACAGCUAACAUAACUGAGGAACGUUGCCCAUUUUUCAGCAUUAUUGCAGAUGAACUUACUGAUGACAUUGCCAACAAGCAUAUCCUGUCUCUUUGCAUACGGUUUCUAGAAUACGUGGAUGGGAAGGUUUCAGACAUUCAAGAAGGACUAUUAGAUUUUUCCUAUACCGAACGGGGAACAGCAGCACACCUAGUAAAAAUGCUUCGUUCAAAACUUGUUGACUGUGGACUUAACCAUUUAAAUGUGCACAGACAGUCAUAUAAUACCACAUCUUGCAUGUCUUCGGACAAUCAGGGAGUUCAGGGCAUAUUCCGCAGGGAAGUCCCAAGAGCAGUUUAUACGCCAUGCAACAGUCAUAAGUUGAACUUGGUUAUUGCGUCAGCUUCAAAAUUGCCCCAGAUUCGCAACUGCGUAACAGCUGUUAACGAUGCGUUCUUGUUUUUUAAUUUGUCCCACAAACGCCAGGGAUUUUUCGAGAAAGUCAUGAUGAUUCUUCAUACCAAGGAAGGUCAGAAUCUUCAACGACAGAAAAAACUUAAAGGUCUGUGUAAGACAAGAUGGGUGGAAAGGUUUGAGGCCUUUGACAAUUUCAUUGACAUGGCCCCAUUGUUCAUGACCACGUGCGACAUUAUUGUCAACCCUCAUCUUUACGGAAACGAUGCAGAGAUCAGUGCCCUAAUCGAAGAGAAAUGGAGCUGGGAUAGAGAAACGAAGACAAAGGCUCAAGGCAUACUUGCAAACUUCAGGGAAUUCGAGACCAUUGUAUCACUCAUUGUUUUGAGGAACGUUUUGGCACCACUAAGGGAAAUUACAAUCAAGUUGCAGCAGCGAGAUCUUGACGUCCGGACCGCGUAUUCGUUGCUAUCGUCCGUAAAGGAAGAUGUGGGUAGAAUGAGAGCAGAAGUUGAUGACAGAUUCGAUGGGUGGUAUGUAGAGAUAAAGAAAAUCGCUGGACAACUCGAGGCAGAGGAACGAACGCGUCGCCGGGCGAUAUCAAAUGCCUUCAGAGCAACACACCCAGCUGAUGAUCCGAAGGAGUAUUUCAAACGGGCGAUAGUGAUACCUUUCAUCGAUGAUGUCAAUACCCAACUAGCUGAUCGAUUCUCUGAUCAAUCCGUCUCCGUUGUUUCAGGAUUUAUGUCCUUGAUACCGUCAGUCAUAGCGAAGAUGGACGUGAAGGAGAUCCCAACAGUUGUGGACAAACUUUCUGACUAUGAGCCGGAUAUUGAUCGUCUUGCUAGUUUACAGACUGAGCUAGAGAUCUGGCGUGGCAGGUGGAUAGAUUCGGAAAACACACCAGAUUCUCUCCUCACUUCACUUAAAUGUUGCCCGAAGGACCUGUUUCCAAAUCUUCAUACUUUACUCCAACUUGGUUGUUUGAUACCAGUCACCAGCUGUGAAGCGGAACGAUCAUUUUCUGCUGUUCGUCGCAUCAAGACGACUUUGCGAUCAACAAUGAGAGAGGAACGCCUGAGUGCCCUAGUGUUACUCAAUACAUACAGAAGAGUAAACAUCAACGUUGAAGACAUUGUAAAACGGUUUAUUCUCGAGGCAACGCAGAAUUUGUUUUAA